AUGAAGUUUGAACUCAUGGAACAGGGAUACGAAAAACGAAGAGUGUUAAGACGCUCAUCUGUACAGUUUUGUGUGACGGCCGAAGAACAUAUGAAAAAUGAAAUGAAACACGAACGACAUCUCACAGAAACAUCCCGGCUUACAUCCUCUUGGGCAAACCUUCGUCUUACGGGUAAUGAUAAACCUGACUACUCCGACGGUGGUUUCUCCUCACAGGGAUCAUCAGGAAGCAGUCCUAUUGGUCAUCGUCCAAACUCCUUUAGCGGUCCAUUACUGAUUUCUGUAACCUGUCCCGGUAUUGGAGGCGUUUCUUCAACGAGUAUUUCUGAAUCUAGACCUCCUGUCUCUGUAACUCCCACCCCAGGAAUCUCACUUUCUCGGUCGUCUUCCUGUUAUCCUUCUCCUGUUGCCUCACCCGUUUCCUCUAGGGUUCAGUGCUACUCUCCAAGUGUCAAUCUUCCUUCUACAUUUGUGGUAAAAAAGAGAACUGCUAGUGUAAGCAGUGGUAGUAGUGCAAGCCCUCUUAUUUCUGCUGGUUGCAGGGGUAAGAAACGGUCUUAUGCAUGCCUACAGAGUAGUAUGACCUCCAGUACAGAAGCCAGCCGAGAAAGCUCCCCUGAACCCCCCAGCAACUUUUGUAAAUUCUCCAAGAUUCCGAGAUCCUCGGAGAUUUCUUGCACCAACAUUCCCAAUUUUGGUUCCCCUACUCGAGAUUUCAAUCAGUGUACUCCCCACGUUUCCACUCCGUCUUCUCCUGCCCCUCCUACUGCAUUUUCCAUUCAGUCGUCAAGGAACAGCCCUUCCACUUCAAGUUUGCCCUCUCUCACACAUUCCAUUUCUUCCCCUAGACAGACCAUUUUGCCCACCCAUUCGUCUGAUUUCUCUCAGAGUGAACUUAAGAGUUUCUCUCCUUCCUCGUUUUCUUGUCCUGAAUCAGAAGUGGUCCCUCAACAAGUCACUGCCUCUUCUAAAGAUAAUUUUCCUGAGAGUGGAGUUGAAUGA